AUGUGUUGCCCCGCCUCAAUAAAUAAAUUCCCCUGGAACCUAGCCCAGCCCACCCCACAACAACCAAAUCUCCCAUCUUUUCCUCUCCUCUGCCGUCGUCACCGCCGUUGUGUUUCUAGGGUUUCCCCAAUCCCCAAUUCAUCCGCCCCCACCUUAGCCCAGAUCCAGCAGAUGGCGACCGUAGAGGCAUGUGAGAAGAAGAUGAUAAUGCUCAAGUCGGCCGAUGGCGAGGAGUUCGAGGUGGAGGAGGCAGUCACCAUGGAGUGGCAGACCAUCCGCCACAUGAUCGAGGAUGACUGCGCCGACAAAGGCAUUCCGAUACCCAACAUCAACUCCAAGGUCCUCUCCAAGGUCAUCGAGUAUUUCAAUAAACAUGUCCUGGCCAAGACAGUUGACGUCUCUAGUGGAGCCACAGGUGCUACUGCGUCUGACACCAUGGCUCCUGCCGCCCUAGCCGAGGACCUCAAGAUCUGGGACGCAGAAUUCAUCAACGUCGACCCUGACACCCUCUUCGAACUCAUCAAGGCUGCAAGUUACCUCGACAUCAAGGGGUUGUUGGACCUGACUUGCCAGACUGCUGCAGACAUGAUUAGUGGCAAACCUCCAGAGGAGAUCCGUAAUUUCUUCAACACCGAGAACGACUACUUGCCAGAGGACGAGGAGAAGAUCCGCAGGGAGAACCCGUGGGCAUUUCAGUAG